AUGCCAUUUUUGUAUAAUCUACUCAUGGGGAAGCUGGAAAGACCAAGCAAUGGGAACGAUUCUGAAGACAGCGAUUCGAGUGAAGAUGGCUCCAUCGAUCUUUCCGCUUUCGAAGAUCCAGCUCCUCCCGACAAUCUGCCGGUAUCUACUCUCCAAGCUGAUCCAUUGGAAGACCCGAACCCGAGAAUUCCUAUUUCCUUGACUGAAGACGAUGCAAAUGAAGUUGACUCCAAUGUCUUACGCCCAAGCCGUAAUCCUUUAAUCCGUAGACAAAAACAAAACGAGGACAUUGCUAGAACAAUCUGCUCGAUGGUUGCAUUUGGGCGUAACCGGCGCCAUAAUGGACAACAGUUGAUGAACGGUCUUCUUUUCAUCGCAUGCGGGGUCACUGAACGAGUAAGCAGAUACCUGAACUAUGUCGGACUGUCUUGCUCUCGAAGGACUGCCCAUUGUGGGCUAGCAGCGCUUGGGAAGGAGGCGGAGAAAAAGAUAAAGAGACUGUUCUCCAACACCGAUGCAAACAUCUUCUCCCCAGCAGCUUGCAUUGACAACUUGGAUUUUCAACAAUCCAUCCACACUAAGUCUGUAGCCGACUCAAGUACUAUGUUCCACGGGACGUGGGGAUACAUCCAUCACUUGCCGCAUACUUUCUUCAACCAUCUCAACCAUGACGAACUAACUCUUGCCGCAUUGAAACUUGCACUCAAGAAAAGUACCAAUCUUGAAGUUCAACCGCGCCAUUUUGCUCCCACAGUUAUCAGCGAUCGAUAUUUCAAAUUGACGCUCAAGUCUCAGCUCACUAGCGUUUUCCUUCGUUAUGUUGCUUCCUCAAGCCAGAAGAAUCCGCCCCUUGCAGAUCACCCGCCACCAGUCAGACCAAUCAAACUUGAAAAGCCCAACCUUAACAUGCUUAAACUGAUGAUGGCUUCAGACAAUUCAUCUGAAGGCAUUGGUGAUGUGCUUUCGGGUCUCAACAAACAGGCCGGCCUUGAUCCCGAACGCUUUUCAAGUCGACUUCAAAUAAUUGAAGGCGACCUAGGGACUUGUAUGAAUGUCCUGAGUCUUUGUGAACUACGUAUCCCAGCAGCAUAUUCAAAGACAAGUCUUGCAAAUCUCAUUUCGAUCCCUGGAGCAGCUCACACUAUACCAAAUCGACAAGACACCGGAGCUUGGCGAGUCCUCAAGGCCCUAGGAAUCCCUCAAGAAAAACCAGUAACCAAGCGAGAUUUUACAUUGAUGAUAUCCAACAUGGAGAAGAUCCACGAGGCAGAUCUUCUCUAUUGCAUGUUAGUUGUGAUGGGUAUAGAGAAUGAAACCCUUCCCGAAGAACUUCCAAGCAUGACCUCCGCCUCUAUCCAGGAUGUCGUUGAGAAAACUUUUGACCAAUUCUUAUCAGGCGAAGCACUUGAGAUUGCAAUCAACAAAAAACAAACCAAGUUGAUCAAUCUACUUCUAAGAAUUCGAGAUUUUGGAACGGUGAUCGAAGUAAAUCGGGCCACCAAGGCAGGUGAUACAGGCCGACUGAUUUUCAUGUGGAAACGCUGGGCUGUGAUGGGCCAAGGUUUAAAAAAACUAGUUCACUAUUCCCGUCACCUUCCACAACUAAUUCUCCUUCUAGAGGUCAUCCUUCCGAAGUCGCUUGCCAACGUCAUCGAGAACUUGAUGCUCCUGUGUCCUUCAGGGCGAGAAGGGCACUUUGUAGCAACUGACUUCUAUCUAGAAGUUCAAAACUUUUGGCUUAAAUACUUCUACAAUCAUUCGGGUAUUGGGACCAACAUAAAGCGCUUAAGGGAUGUUUUUUCUAUCAACAUUCCAGUGCUCAAAAGCCUGAUGCAGGUACUUAAUAGAGAGUCGGGAAUGAAUGUCGUUCAGCAAUCACAUAAAAAUAAGAUAAAAAAUGUGUCGAUCAACUCAUUUGUCAGAUUUGCAAAGCAGUACAACAUCUGCUUGGACGAGGAUAAACCCAAAGAUUUUGUCCCAACAUCCAUUUCCGAUGUUUACCAACAGGGUAUUGAUGCGAUCCAGGAGGACUGGAUCGACUGA